GCGCGCGCGCGCGCGCGUGUGUGUGUGUGUACCUACAACAUCUGGCGCACAGUAGGUGCCUUGCCUUCUCUGUAGGUCCUUCGUGUGUGUCGUGGGGGUGGGGGGCGCCCCUGUGUGUUAAAUUUGAGGACAAACCGGCACGUGGUGGGCGCUGCUGAGUGCUGGAAACCCCACCCACCCCCCAGCAGCCAGGCCGACGCCUCCCCACCCGGAAUUAACAUCCCCGUGCCCUGUGCUUCGCCCCGCAGACGCCAGCAUGUCUCCGGAUGCCACCAAGCCGAGCCACUGGUGCAGCGUGGCCUACUGGGAGCACCGGACACGUGUGGGCCGCCUCUACGCGGUGUACGACCAGGCCGUCAGCAUCUUCUACGACCUACCUCAGGGCAGCGGCUUCUGCCUGGGCCAGCUCAACCUGGAGCAGCGCAGCGAGUCGGUGCGGCGCACGCGCAGCAAGAUCGGCUUCGGCAUCCUGCUCAGCAAGGAGCCCGACGGCGUGUGGGCCUACAACCGCGGCGAGCAC